AGAGAUUCUUGUGUGGAAGUCCUAUUAUACAGGUCUCUCCCGCUCCACGCUAAGGGAUAGUAGAAAUUAUAAUGUGGCUAGCUGCACUAGAAACUUUAAACAACGCCACACGUCGGUAUUGCAGCGGCACGUUUUAACUCUAAGAUUGUUUAGACAAAGGCAUGUCUAGUCUUAUUGAAUCUGUAGUCACUGGUUCAAUCGUAUCACUUCUUUUUGUGUAUAUACAAACCAUAUACAAUUAAUUUUAAGUUUGGUAUAUUCCUAGUUCCGUUCAGCAAUCGUGACAAAUUAUACGUCGUUUGAUUCGUUUUAUUGAGUAAAUUAAUAAUAUGAUUGCGAUUAUUUGCGAAAAUGUAUUUGUGAGUUUAAACCUGAUGCAAAAAAGACAAACGUUUUACCGUACGGUACAGAAAUAUUUCAAACUUAUCAGUAAACCCAAUUAAUACUGGAAUACUGAAUUAAAACUAUCUCGUAAUUAGGAAACGAAAUUCGUUACCGAACAAUGAGAAUAUAAUGUAUUAGGGGAAAUAUGUCCUGUGAGUCCUUUCAAGAUCGACAGGAAAACGAAAUUGAGGUUUUAAAGAGUAUCUUUGGAGAUGAACUUUGUGAUUUAAGAAAUAGAAAAAAUAGAAGGAAAUGGCAACCGUUAGAUGUCAAUAUUACUUUAACACCUCAGAAAGGAAUGUCAGGUCCAGCCAAGGUGUAUGUACAAAUAGAUUUACGUGUAACUUGCAGCGAUAGAUACCCUGUAGAAGUGCCAAAGAUAGUGCUAAAAAAUGGCAGAGGUUUAUCUGAUCAACAAAUUGCGGUAUUAUAUGAUGAGUUAAUGGAACUUACAAAACGACUACAAGGAGAAGUAAUGAUUCUUGAAUUAGCGCAACAUGUUCAGAAAUAUUUGUACGAGAACAAUAAACGAAGAUACAACAGUUUCUAUGAGGAGAUGAUCUCAAGGCAUCAAGAGAAAAUCAAAUAUGAAAUGUUAGAGAAACAAUUAAAGGAAGACAAAGAAAGACAGGUAUUACAAGAUGAAGUACAAAAAAGGCAAGAAGCUUUAAAAGCUGAACUUCGGAAUAGAAGAGAGUCGCUUCGUUUGUUUAGCGAUGCAUCAAAUAACUCGUUUCAAGUAAUACCCUUAUCUUCCCAAGAGAAAUCACGAAUUUACUCUCGAAGAAGAUGUGUCAGUACUUCCGAAACUUUGGAUGGGGUUUUAUGCGAACAUACGGGUACGAAAUUACUACAUUUCGAUCAUAACAAAGAUGAUCGAGAAGUGUACCGAGCAAGAUGUAUGGGACACAGUACCCAGGGAUCGGUAGUUUAUGCAGGUGUUGAUACAACAACUGGAGAACUGUUUGCAAUUAGUGAAUGGAUGUUAAAAACAACUAACAAGAGUAAUGAAAGUAAUACUCAACAUGUUAUCAAGCAAAUAGGAAGUCUUGAACAAGAAAUAAAUCAUUUGCAUAAAUUGCAUCAUCCAAAUCUCGUUCAUUACUUGAACAUGAAGUAUUUGCAAGAUGGAGAAACUAUAGUUAUUUAUAUUUUACAAGAAUUUGUGGUUGGUACUAGCUGUUCCUUUUUCUUAUUGGAAAGCAUCCCAGUGGACAUCGAUCUUCUUCGGUAUCUGGCGACUGGAAUCCUUUCUGCCUUAAGGUACCUUCAUGAAAAUAAUGUUGUUCACAAGGAUCUACGUGAUACAAGUAUUUACAUUGAUCGUACAGGACUGGUUAAACUAUUAGAUUAUUCGCUGAAUAAAAGAUUAUCUGAUAUAUAUCAGUCAUGUACCGCAAUUAAAUCAGUGCCAGAUUUUCCCAGUAUUCAAAGCAGAGGCGGGAAAAAAGCGGAUAUUUAUCGUUUUGGUGCUUUAAUGUUUUCCUUAUUAAAUGGAAUCGUUGUUUCUGGAGAUCAAAUCGAUCCAACGGUGAUAAAACAGCCUGAUCUCCAAGAUUUCUUAUUAAAGUGCCUUAUCAAUGAUGAACGAAAGCGUUGGUCAGCUGAACAAUUGUUACAUCAUUCAUUUAUAAAAACGCCUUUAAUUCAUGCUUUAUCACCUCCAAAAAUACCACGAAGAGAUGAACAGGAAAGUCAAGAACCAGAGGAACCGGAUACUGAUAUUCGGCAAUAUGUGCCUUUAUUAGGUGGUCAUUCAAGAAUUACAAACGAGUUCGAAAUUCUUGACUGGCUUGGCCGGGGUGCUUUUGGUGAUGUUCUUAAAGUGAAGAACAAAUUAGAUGGUGGAGUUUAUGCCAUUAAAAGAAUAGAACUGAAUCCUAAAAACAAACAACUUAAUAGAAAGAUCACCAGAGAAGUUAAAUUAUUAUCUCGGAUGAAUCAUGAAAAUGUAGUACGAUAUUAUAACUCGUGGAUAGAGAGCUGUACUAUAACUAAUAAAGCAGAAGAACAAUCUUCCGAAAAAACAUCUUCAGAAAAAAAGAGUCCAAAUCUUCUUAAUCAUUUAGGUAUGGACGAUAUUGAAAAAUUGGCACCACCGAUGCAAGAAGUUGAGUGGAAUGUUUCAUAUAAAUCAAGAACGAAUGCAACCCUAUCGGCUGAUAGCGAUGACGACAACAGCGAUGCGUCGAGCGAUAGUGACAGCGACGAAGAUUGUUCGUUUCUGAUGCAAAAUAUUUUAAAAAUCGACUCUUCUGACAAUAUAGAGUUCGAAAGAGAUACAAAUUGUCAAACAACGAUAUCAAGUAUAAGAGAAGAUGAAAAUGGAACAGAAGAAACAGUUAAAGAGAUUCAAUUUAUGUACAUACAAAUGGAAUUUUGCGAAAAGAGCACAUUGCGGACCGCGAUUGAUGGAGGUCUUUACAAAGAUCUCAAAAGAGUUUGGAGAUUAUUCCGAGAAAUUGUUGAGGGUCUAGCGCAUAUUCAUCAACAGGGUAUGAUUCAUAGAGACUUAAAGCCAAUGAACGUAUUUUUGGAUAGCAAUGAUCAUGUAAAAAUUGGAGAUUUCGGCCUCGCGACUACGAAUAUAUUAUCAACAUUUGUACAAACUAUAGAAACUGAUAAAGAAUCGCAAGGCCUAGAUAAGAGGAUCAGUUUUGGCACGGAUGAUGUGGGUUCCCUGACAGGACAAGUCGGUACAGCACUUUACGUAGCUCCAGAACUUACAACGAAAGCAGCGAAAGCCAUUUAUAAUCAAAAAGUUGACAUUUACAGUCUUGGAAUAAUACUAUUUGAAAUGUGUUACAAGCCUCUAACAACGGGAAUGGAACGAAUAAAAGUUCUACUUAAUCUGCGAUCCAAAGAAAUUAUACUUCCAUCAGAAAUGCAGCAAACAGACAUGUCACGUCAGACUCAUAUUUUACGAUGGUUAUUAAAUCAUGAUCCAAGUCAACGGCCUACAGCUCAGGAACUUCUCUCUUCGGAAUACCUACCUCCUCCUCCACUCGAGGAAACAGAAUUACAAGAAAUGAUUCGACGUACUCUUUCGAACAAUCAAAGCAAAGCAUAUAAAUAUUUAAUAUCAUGCUGUUUUAUGCAAGAAGUUUCACCAGCUGACGAUAUUACUUACGAUAUGAAUGUACCAUCCAGAGGGCAUAUGAAUUUUUUAACUUGGAGGAAACAUCAAGAAGGAGUUAAAUGCAAAGUAAUCGAAAUUUUUCAAAAGCACGGAGGUGUUUAUUUAGGAACUCCUUUGUUGAUGCCAAAAUCGCAUCAGUUUUGUAGUUUUUCAAAUUCCAGUGUGAAAUUAAUGACUCGUAAUGGGAAUAUUGUUUGUAUUCCUCAUGAUUUGCGUGCCCCAUUUGCAAGAUACAUUGUAUGGAACAACAUACCACACAUUAGAAGAUACGCUAUUGAAAGGGUCUUUAGAGAGAAGAAGGUAUUAGGUUUUCAUCCUAGAGAACUAUACGAAUGUGCAUUCGACAUAAUCAGUCCUACUCCUGAUAAUUUAUUAAUGGAAGCCGAAUUAAUAUACAUUGUUUGGGAAAUAAUCAAUGAGUUAUCUUUAUCACAAGAACGAAACUUCACCAUUUGUCUGAAUCAUACUUCAUUACUACAAGCCGUACUAAUGUACUGUGGAAUUGACCAAGAAAAAUAUCAAGAUAUUUAUUCGAUACUUCGCGAUGCACGUGAUGGAAAAUUUUCAAGGUUUCAAAUACAAACGCAUUUAAUAAGUUUAUGUUUGACUGAUCAAGCCAUGGAAACGUUGUUUAACUUAUUCGAGAGUGAAAGCUCUCUUACUAAAAUUCACAGUAUUUUGAAAACGAUUGCGAAAAGAAAAGGGGAUGCUGCUACGUUGGCUAAAGAAGGAUUGAAAGAAAUUGAGCGCGUGAUGGAAAAUAUUGAAGCACUUGGAGUGAAGUGGUCACUAGUUAUAGUACCUCUUCUUGUACAUAAUAUAAAUCAGCACAGUGGUAUCAUCUAUCAAAUAACUUAUAAUGUCAAAAGACGAAGAAGAAAAUGCGGAGAAGAAGUAAUAGCAGCAGGUGGACGCUACGACAAAAUGUUAUCUUCUUUUAAAAAAAUUCUUGAACGUACAGGAAUGACUAGCAAAGAGAUCAAACAAUAUGGUGCUGGAAUUAGCGUGUCACUAGAGAAACUUAUAUCUGUCGUUUCAGAAACUACUGAAUCUGUAGAAAGCAAACAUGGAAUGUAUGUUGCCAUUUCCUGUAUCGGUAAUAGUUAUAGAGAAAAAGAAAUGAUUGAUCUUUUGAAAGAAUUAUGGAGUUUGGGACUGAAAGUAACAAUUCUAGAUUUAGCAUCCGUUGAAGAAAUCCUUGAGCAUUGCCGAGAAAAUCUAAUCAAUCACGUUAUUCUUUUAAAAAGUGGAGAAAAGGGAUGCGUAAGGAUUCAAAGUUGGGAACGUGAUAGAUUUCAAGAGAAAAAAGUAACCAAUCAGGAGAUUGGUGAAUUCUUUCAAAGACUGGAUAAUUCUAUGCCUAUUUUAAAUAGAUCUGAAAGCAAAACGAUAACAAACGACAGUUGUUUAAGUAAUAAUAGUCCGGUUAAUAUUAAUAUCAAUUUUAUCUCGUCUGAAAAGUCAGAAAAAGUUUCUGGAAGUUCUAAGAGAAGUUUGAAGAAUUCCAUACUUGCUCAAAUGUCAACAUAUUUUCAAAGAAUUUCCCAUAAAGUUCCAAUCGAAAUUUUUGCAGUAUCCUUAGAUAUGAGUGUCAUAAGGACGAUCAUAUGUUUUCUGGAAAUUGAUGAAAAGGAACAUGACUUUUUGAAAAGUGUGCAAUUAAUCAUAGAGAAACAUCCAAAACAUAAAAAGUAUAUAAUGGAAAUAUGUGAAGAAAUGCAAGAAGCGAGAAAAGAGAAACAACGACCGGCACUAAUACUAUACAGCUUAAUGGAUAACCAGUAUAUGACUCUUUUAUAAACAAGAAUGUUUUCCUACAAAAGAUUCAUAAAAAGAUAUGUACAAGAUUAUAAAAAUAAGCGAUGUGUAACGUAAAACUGAAUCUUAAUAAAAUGAGUUAUCUUUUCUACACUAAUUAACACUAAUUAACAUCAUGAAUGGUACUUGCCAACUAGUUUCCACUGUUCUCUGAUAGAUGCGCUAGUGUUCUACCUUUCUGCAGUGACUACAAAUAGUCAUAUGUAUGUAUGUGUGUAUGUCAUCCCCCAGUGACUAUAGAUAGUAGUCACUGCAUCCCCCUUUUAGUCGCCUUUUACGACAGGCAGGGGAUACCGUGGCCGUAUUCUACUCCCCCCGAGCCACAGGGGACUCCAUGCAGAACUAAUCUCAUCUGGGGGUGUCUGAGACCCUGUAAAUCAUGACCCCUCGAAAACAAAGGCAUGUCUACCUUUUUUUUUUGUAUUGUAGCCAUUGGCGGUAGUUACGAUGGUGACCAUCAGUAACAGUUAAGAACACAUGUUAACUGUACCGGAUUUAUAAUUGCUUUUAAAUUGAGGAGAAUGGCUAAAAAAAUAAAGAAAAAUGCUAACAGUGUAAAGAUAAAUAAUACAGAUAUUAGUGAAAAAACCGUCGACAAG